UGGCUAAUACCAGUUGGCCUGAGAGUACCAGUCUCCGCCAGUGCUAGUUGCCAGUCUGGAAUUGACUAUCAUUCUAACUCUUUCAAAUUGUUUCUGACAUGACGACAGGUCAAGCUGAUGUUCUUUGGCGGCCAGAAGAUGACUAUCAGGUCAAACCGACACUGGAAGAAGGGGACAUUUAUCGACCAGAUAUCCUUAAGGUUGUAGAAACUGCUAUCGAUAGUCUCAGUGGCAAGCUACGGGAACUGAGUCUCGAUAUUCAUGAUCAUCCGGAGCUUAGAUAUGAAGAAAGAUACGCUCAUGAUGCAUAUACCUCCUUCCUAGAGAAGCACGGUUUCGAAGUCACGAGGCAUCACCUUCUGGAGACUGCAUGGGUUGCGACAUACACCCACGGGCUGGGCGGACGCGUUCUAGGGGUGAACUCAGAGAUGGAUGCGCUCCCGGGCAUUGGACAUGCGUGUGGACAUAAUCUCAUCGGCAUCGCAGGUGUCGCCGUCGCCUGUGCGGCAAAAGCAGCGAUGGAGCAGCUUAAUAUCGACGGGAAGGUGAUUCUUCUUGGUACACCUGCUGAAGAAGGUGGGAUUGGGAAAGUGAAGCUGUGGGAGAGGGGAGCAUACAAAGAGAUGGACGCGUGUCUCAUGUGCCACCCUGGUCCUGGGCCUCUUCAUUCCAUCAGUUUGAGCAGCUGUCUUGCAGUUAUACGUCUGGAGAUAGAUUACUCAGGCCACACUGCGCACGCUGCACUUAGCCCCUGGGAAGGAAAGAAUGCGCUGGAUGCAGCUGUUCUGGCGUAUACAAACAUUGCUUUACUGCGCCAGCAGAUUAAGCCUACGCAUCGUGUGCAUGGAAUUAUCCAGGGCCAUGAUUGGGCACAGAGUAUCAUCCCAGAUAACUCAAAGAUGUACUAUUAUGUCCGUGCGCCAACCACUGUUGAAGCGGAAGAGACGCUCAAGCGUGUCAUUCCCUGUUUUGAAGCAGCAGCACUUGCAACCGGGACGAAGGUUAAAGUUAACAGAGGACACACUGGGAACGAACUUGUGCAGAAUAAAGUCCUCGGUGACGAACUGUCUGAUGUGGUUAGGAAGAAGUAUGGCGCCAUUGACUAUGAAUAUGGGAUUAGCGGUGCAUCGACCGACUUUGGCAAUAUUUCAUAUUUGAUGCCUGGCCUACACCCCGGGUUUUCGAUACCAACGGUACCGGGAGGCGGUAACCAUACUCCAGCAUUCACCAAAUCGGCACGUUCGCAGGCUGCUCACGAUGCAUGUCUCACUGUCUCAAAGGCCCUCGCACAUGUUGGCAUGCGCGUGAUCACAGACGGUAUAUUUUUGCAGCAGGUGAAAGAUGCUUUUGAGGAGCGAAAGAACAACAGGAUGUGACAAAUGAAAACAAGGCGCAUAUAGGCACCAACAACAUAACUACAUAGCAAGACUUACAAAUCCAAUGAUUUCUGAUUGCGCUUUGACUCCAGACCAAAACUUGCUGGUCGAGUUGCUCACCACUUUUCAUGAGCAGGACGCACUGUUUGGAAGAGAGUGAAGACGGGGUAAUGGCAAAUUGGAGCUACGCUUACGGUCAAUUUCCCAAGUCCAGGCUG